CGAAGUCCAGCCAACAAAUUAGCAUAUUAACCAUGCUGAAUAUGGUCCAUUCCAGUUAUAAGUUAGAAUGGAAAAUGUAAAAGUUUCAUUCAAAAGCUGCUGAAGCGAAGUGAGAGAUGUUGUAAUGAGACUGAUUGUGGUCAACAGAGGAAAGAAGAUGACGUCCAGCCGCAGGCAUCACCUGAAGAGCCUGAUGCUGCAGAUCGCUGCAACCUGGAUCGAGCAGGAGAAGAAGGAGAUCGAGGAGGCCAAGGAGGCCUACAUGAGCCAGAGCUGUCCUGAGCCGGACCUGAGUGGAGACCAGGCCGCCCUCAUGGAAAUCUGCAAGAAACUCCACCAGGCCAUCGACAAGAUCGAUGACGAGAGGUACGACGCUGAGGCCAAAGUGUCCAAGACAGACAAGGAGAUCGAGGACCUGAAGCUGAAGGUGGUGGAGCUGGCCGGAGUGAAGAAGCCCGCCCUGAAGAAGGUGCGCAUGUCGGCCGACGCCAUGCUGCAGGCCCUGCUGGGAGGAAAGCACAAGGUGACCAUGGACCUGCGGUCCAACCUGAAGCAGGUCAAGAAGGAGGUGAAGGAGGAGCCCACAGAGGCCGUUGGCGACUGGCGUAAAAACAUUGAAGACAAAGCCGACAGGAAGAAGAUGUUCGAGACCUCCUAAAGAACCUUCGGGAGCGAGGCCGGAGCGAGGACCAUGACGGGGAGACCGUUCUGUCUGAGUUCUCCUGGAGAACCCGAUCAUCUCAGUGCUCCAUUUCAGGGUGUUACUUAGACAUGAGAGUGCCGGCGCUUUUUCACUGCUUUCAUUUUCCUUUGUGGUUUUUGUGAGAUCGUAGCCCUCCCCACGAGAGACUGAA